CUGCUGACUGAACACAUGGAGAAACUGUCCAGUGAGGAGUUGGGGGUGCUCACCAUGCAUGUUGCAGCAUACUUUAUGGGGGCGCUGGCUGUGCUGGGGUGCCAAGGGGCCGAGGCAUUUGAAAUCCAGCAUUCGGAUCUCGCAAAUGGAAUUUUCAUGAAGUUUUUGAAAAAGCGAUUAUUGGAAGAUAAGAAAAUCACAGUCCUCCUGGAUCAGGUUGCUGAAGACAUGGGACACUGCUCGCUCACUAAAGGAGUGCAAGCUCUUGAGAUCUGCAGCAGUUUAUCAGCCAGGAGGGCAUUAACAGAUCCCAUACAGCAGAAAGCCUGCUCAUCUGAAUCUCUGGCACGAAACCUGCAGUGGUCAAAUGCGAAUGAGCUCCCAGAGAGCAUCUGCAUUGAAUUUGACUGCGGUGUGAAAAUCAAGCUCGGAUUUGCUGCUGAAUUCUCCAAUGUCAUGAUCAUUUACACUCGAAUUGUCAGCAAACCCCCCAAUAUCAUGGACUGUACAGCGAGCGUCACCGACUUUCCACUGGAUUUAUAUGUGGACCCAAAAGAAACUAAUAAGGGCACACCGGAGGAGACCGGGAGCUUCUUGGUGUCUAAGGAGCUUCCUAAACAUUGCUUAUAUACUCGCCUGAGCUCAUUACAAACACUAAAGGAAAACCUAACCUUCAUGGUCUGUCUCAACUACAUGUAUGAAGAAUUUGAGGACAUGGUGGAAGAAAAAAAGAAAAUUGAUGUGGGAAAGCCACUUGUAGCAAAAUUAGACAUUCAUUCUGGACUUCGGUCCCUCUGUGCACAGUCCGGUCAUCUACCUCACAGUCCCUGCCGCAGUCCAGAUCCCGCCUCUGCAGCCCAUGACUCCUCACGUGUUUUUACACAACCCCGAUAUCCACAGCCACAUCAUCACGUCCAAUAUUCACACAUAAGAAGCGGCAUACAGCCAGAAAGCCACCAUCAAGACAUCUACACAGCAUAUCCUCCUAACAGCAGGAGGAGAUACUUCUCAGAAAAUAAAUCUCCGUGUAGCAAUGUAACUAUAACGGGACCAAGGAACAUUCCAGAGGAAAGCACAGAGGAGAAUGUUGACUUUGGUUAUCAUUAUAAACUGUGAAAAUACCCACUUAAAUUAUGUAUUUUAUUUUAGUAUUUAAACUUGUCA